UGAAUUGGACCUAAACCCUGAAAAAAUAACAUUUUCCUCCUCAUUUCUCAUUCCUCUCUCUUGCAUAUCUCCGUUUUUAGCGUGCACAGCGCCACCGCACGCCGCCGCGGCACUACCAUUACCAUGAACAUCUCAACUCUAAGGCUCGAUUCCAAUCCAAUCACCACGGCAACGGCGACUCACCGGAAUGGGAUCCUCGGUUGCAAUGGGACCUAUAGUUGUAGGUUCAAUCAGUUCCAGCAGAGGAAGAAGACUCCUUCAGUUAUCGUUUGUUCGACAAAGCCGCUUGCCUCGGUAGUCGACCAUCAAGGGGUUAAUGAGUCAGGGACGAGUCGAAUUGAGUCACUCAGUCAGGUAUCCGGCGUGUUGGGUUGCCAAUGGGGCGAUGAAGGAAAGGGAAAGCUCGUUGAUAUACUGGCUAAGCAUUUCGACAUUGUUGCUCGUUGUCAGGGUGGAGCAAAUGCUGGGCACACUAUUUACAAUUCUGAGGGGAAGAAGUUUGCCCUGCACCUUGUCCCUUCUGGGAUUCUCAACGAGGAAACUCUAUGUGUUAUUGGUAAUGGAGUUGUGGUGCAUCUACCGGGACUUUUUAAAGAAAUCGAUGGUCUUGAAGCUAAUGGAGUCUCUUGCCAAGGAAGGAUCUUGGUAUCUGAUCGUGCACACUUGUUAUUUGAUUUUCACCAAGAAAUAGAUGGGCUUAGAGAAGCUGAGCUAGCUAAAUCCUUUAUUGGAACCACCAAGAGAGGCAUUGGGCCAUGCUAUUCAAGCAAGGUUAUUAGAAAUGGCUUAAGAGUAAGUGAUUUAAGGCAUAUGGACACAUUCCCCCAAAAGCUUGAUCUUUUAUUAUCAGAUGCCGCCGCAAGAUUCCCAGGCUUUAAGUAUGGUCCUGACAUGCUCAGGGAAGAAGUGGAACGCUAUAAGAAAUUUGCUGAGAGGUUGGAACCCUUUGUUGCAGAUACUGUGCACUUCAUGAAUGAUGCUAUAUCUCAGAAAAAGAAGAUUUUGGUGGAAGGUGGUCAGGCAACAAUGUUGGAUAUCGAUUUUGGAACAUACCCUUUUGUGACUUCAUCCAGUCCAUCGGCUGGUGGAAUCUGCACAGGUCUUGGCAUUGCUCCCAGAGUUGUUGGUGAUCUUGUUGGUGUGGUUAAGGCAUAUACCACAAGAGUUGGUUCUGGUCCUUUUCCAACAGAAAUCAUGGGCAAAGGUGGUGACCUUCUUCGUUUUGCUGGGCAGGAGUUUGGCACAACUACUGGACGUCCGCGUCGCUGUGGUUGGCUAGACAUAGUUGCACUGAGAUUCUGCUGUCAAAUAAAUGGAUUUGCUUCUCUUAACCUAACAAAACUAGAUGUGCUGUCAGAUCUACCAGAAAUUCAAUUGGGUGUUACUUACAGGCAUCCCGAUGGCUCAGCAUUAAAUUCUUUUCCCUCUGAUCUUCGUCUUCUUGAGCAAAUAAAAGUGGAGUAUGAAGUUUUGCCUGGGUGGAAGAGUGAUAUUUCUUCCAUCAGGAAGUAUACUGACUUGCCUAAGGCUGCACGUGAGUAUGUAGAAAGGAUAGAGGAGCUUGUUGGGGUCCCUAUCCAUUACAUUGGUAUAGGACCUGGUCGCGAUGCCCUUAUCUACAAGUGAUUUUAGAUUUUUUCAUCAUAUUGCCAGAAUCAUAUUCUUCAAAUUGCUGGUAAACCUUAGACUAAGCUUGUAGUAACAUCAUGAAUUAUCAUUUUGAUGUCAUUGCUUACUGUAAAAAUUAUGUAUUUGUUGUCUUUAAA